ACGACCACAAAAAUGGCCAGUUCAACGAGAAGAUCGGUUUUGAGCCUGGUAUCAGAAGCAGCUUCAUUUAAGAGGGUACCAGUGGUAUGCCGACGAACUCUCGCCACCGUCGUCGAAGCCCACAAGCCCGUCAUCAAGGCCGCUCCCCUCGAGGAAUCAGUAGUUUUCGGAACUGUACACGCCUUCCCCUCUCUUGAACCUAAAGGGUUCCACGUCUUCUCUAACGAAUUCUUGGGUCUUCCUACGCGAAAGGAUAUCCUUCACCGCGCUGUCAUCUUCGAAGCAGACGGCAAACGUCAGGGAACAGCCAGUACCAAAAACAGAGCAGAAGUCAGUUACAGUGGAAGAAAGCUGCGCCCACAGAAGCACACCGGUCGUGCUCGUUUGGGUGACAGGGGUUCUGGUAUGCUUCGUGGAGGAGGUCGUAUUCACGGUCCUAAGCCCCGUGACUUUUCUACGGAGCUUCCUCAGAAGCUAUACAACCUCGCUUUCCGUACUGCGCUCUCUACGCGGUAUAGAAUGGGUGAAUUGACCAUCGUCGACGGCACAGAGCUUCCGACAUACAAAACCCGGGUCAUGUCUAAGGUGUUGGCUGCAAACAAUUGGGACAAGCCACAUGGUGGAGCUUUGUUGGUUAUUAGUAAGAAGACAGAGGACGUGGCCUAUGUGGAAAGGGCAGCGGCGAACUUGGGUAAAGAUUGCGAGGUGAAGGAAGUUGAGGAUCUUGAGGUGACUGAUUUGUUGAAAUGGGGGCGUGUUGUGAUUGAGGAGGAGGCUUUGCUUAGAAUCCAGGAGCGGACCACUCAGAAGCUAGCCCCGCGGGCAUGAGGUGAAGGAGGGUAUUUAUAUGAUAAGAGAGUUGCAAAAGCGCAGCGUGGAAGGCAAUUGAUGCCACUGAAAUGCAACAUUCUUUCCCCAUUAUGCCCAGGUUACGAGAACCACUCAAGGUACCUUUACCAUUUGUACAAGAGCCUACAGAUGCAUCGUGACCUGCAGACAACCUUGUCCGUCCUUCCCUUCCCUGCCCAGUCCUCCAUUCUUACGCCUUAAUCCUCUUCAACUUAAGACC